CCUGGCCAGGCCGGGAUCCGGCUUUGUCCCCCGGAACAACCCCCUCUGUCUGUGCUGCUGAGACCGGCGGAGACCUAGACACCCAGGUCUGGCUUCCAGGCCUAGCCAAGAGGAGGCAGGAGGCCCCAGGCCUCACAGCUAGCCCAGAUGCAAGCACUGCAGGAGUUGAAGAUGACCAGCUCCAUGGCCUCCUACGAGCAGCUGGUUCGGCAGGUGGAGGCCUUGAAGGCCGAGAACACACACUUACGGCAGGAGCUGAGAGAUAACUCCACUCACCUCUCCAAGCUGGAGACAGAGACCUCGGGCAUGAAGGAGGUCCUGAAACACCUUCAGGGCAAGCUGGAGCAGGAGGCGCGCGUCCUGGUGUCCUCCGGGCAGACAGAAGUGUUAGAGCAACUGAAAGCUCUUCAGACUGACAUCAGCAGCCUCUACAACCUAAAGUUUCAGCCCCCAGCCCUGGGCCCUGAGCCUGUUGCCCGGACCCCAGAGGGAAGCCCAGUGCACGGCCCUGGGCCAUCCAAGGACAGCUUCGGGGAGCUGAGCCGAGCCACCAUCCGCCUGCUGGAAGAGCUAGACCAGGAGCGAUGCUUCCUGCUGAGCGAGAUAGAGAAGGAGGAGAAGGAGAAGCUGUGGUAUUACUCCCAGCUCCAGGGCCUGUCCAAGCGCUUGGAUGAGCUGCCGCACGUGGACACGUUCUCCAUGCAGAUGGAUCUGAUCCGGCAGCAGUUGGAGUUCGAGGCCCAGCACAUCCGCUCGCUGAUGGAAGAGCGCUUUGGCACCUCGGACGAGAUGGUGCAACGCGCGCAGAUCCGCGCUUCGCGCCUGGAGCAGAUUGACAAGGAGCUGUUGGAAGCCCAGGACCGGGUGCAGCAGAGGGAACCCCAGGCUCUGCUGGCAGUGAAGCCUGUGACGGUGGAGGAGGACCAGGAGGCGGAAGUCCCCACGCACCCUGAAGAUGGCGCCCCUCAGCCUGGCAACAGCAAGGUGGAGGUGGUGUUCUGGCUUCUAUCCAUGUUGGCAACUCGAGACCAGGAAGACACUGCGCGCACGCUGCUGGCCAUGUCCAGCUCGCCGGAGAGCUGCGUGGCCAUGCGCCGCUCGGGCUGUCUGCCGCUGCUGCUCCAGAUCCUUCACGGCACUGAGGCCGGGGUUGGGGUCCGCACCGGGACCCCUGGAGCACCCGGUGCCAAAGAUGCACGCAUGCGCGCCAACGCAGCCCUGCAUAACAUCGUUUUCUCCCAGCCGGAUCAGGGCCUGGCGCGCAAGGAGAUGCGUGUGCUGCACGUGCUAGAGCAGAUCCGGGCCUACUGCGAGACCUGCUGGGACUGGCUCCAGGCGCGCGACAGCGGGACAGACAGUGGGACCGGAGGCACCCCGGUCCCCAUCGAACCUCAGAUCUGCCAGGCCACCUGUGCGGUGAUGAAGUUGUCCUUUGAUGAGGAAUACCGCCGGGCGAUGAAUGAGCUUGGGGGGCUCCAGGCCGUGGCAGAGCUGCUGCAGGUGGAUUACGAGAUGCACAAGAUGACCCAGGACCCGCUCAACCUUGCCCUGCGCCGCUACGCUGGCAUGACCCUCACCAACCUCACUUUUGGAGAUGUUGCCAACAAGGCCACACUCUGUGCCCGCCGAGGCUGCAUGGAAGCCAUCGUGGCCCAGCUGGGCUCUGAGAGCGAGGAGCUGCACCAGGUGGUGUCCAGCAUCCUGCGUAACCUUUCCUGGAGAGCCGACCUCAACAGCAAGAAGGUGCUGAGGGAGGUGGGCAGCAUGACGGCCCUCACGGAGUGUGCACUGCGGGCCCACAAGGAGUCCACCCUAAAGAGCGUGCUCAGCGCGCUGUGGAACCUGUCUGCGCAUAGCACAGAGAACAAGGCCGCCAUCUGCCAGGUGGACGGCGCCCUGGGUUUCCUGGUGAGCACCCUCACCUACCGUUGCCAAGGGAACUCACUGGCGGUCAUCGAGAGCGGCGGCGGGAUCCUGCGCAACGUGUCCAGCCUCAUCGCCACGCGAGAGGACUACAGGCAGGUGCUCCGCGACCACAACUGCCUGCAGACCCUGCUGCAGCACCUCACGUCGCACAGCCUGACCAUCGUGAGCAACGCGUGCGGCACCCUGUGGAACCUGUCGGCCCGCAGCCCGCGCGACCAGGAGCUGCUGUGGGACCUGGGGGCCGUGGGCAUGCUGCGCAACCUGGUGCACUCCAAGCACAAGAUGAUCGCCAUGGGCAGCGCCGCGGCCCUGCGGAACCUGCUGGCCCACCGGCCGGCCAAGUACCAGGCGGCGGCCGCGGCCGUGUCCCCGGGCAGCUGCGUGCCCAGCCUGUACGUCCGCAAGCAGCGGGCUCUGGAGGCCGAGCUGGACGCCCGGCACCUGGCGCACGCGCUGGGCCACCUGGAGAAGCAGGGCCUGCCCGAGGCGGAGGCCGCGUCGAAGAAGGCCCCGCCGCCGCUGCGCCACCUCGACGGGCUGGUGCAGGACUACGCCUCGGACUCCGGCUGCUUCGACGACGACGACGCGCCGUCCCUGGCCGCCGCGGCCACCACGGCCGAGCCCGGCAGCCCGGCGGUGCUGUCCAUGUUCCUGGGCGGCCCCUUCCUCCAGGGCCAGGCGCUGGCGCGCGCCCCCGCCGCCCGCCAGGGUGGCCUAGAGACCGAGAAGGAGGCUGGCGGCGGGGAGGCGGCCGUGGCCGCCAAGGCCAAGGCCAAGCUGGCGCUGGCUGUGGCUCGGAUCGACCGGCUGGUGGAGGACAUCUCUGCCCUGCACACCUCAUCGGAUGACAGCUUCAGCCUCAGCUCGGGGGACCCCGGGCAGGAGGCCCCGGCACCGAGGGAGGGCCGCGCCCAGUCGUGCUCUCCGUGCCGGGGCACCGAGGGCGGGCGGCGCGAGGCCGGCGGCCGGGCGCACCCUCUGCUGAGGCUCAAGGCGGCCCACACCAGCCUCUCCAACGACAGCCUCAACAGCGGUAGCACGAGCGAUGGCUAUUGUCCCCGGGAACACAUGCGGCCCUGCCCGCUGGCUGCGCUGGCCGAGCACCGUGGCGACCCCACGCGUGGGCAGACUCGGCCUAGCCGGCUGGACCUGGAUCUCCCCGGCCGGAGCGAGCCGCCUGCCCGGGACACGGCAGCCGCCCGCGUGCGCACCAUCAAGCUGUCCCCCACCUAUCAGCACGUGCCACUGCUGGACGGUGCCGCCGGCACCGGCGUCAGACCCCUCUCGGGCCCGGGAGCCUCCCCGGGGGCCCGGAAGCAGGCGUGGCUGCCUGCGGACAGCCUGAGCAAAGUCCCCGAGAAACUGGUGGCCCCCCCGCUGCCCGUGGCAAGCAGGGUGCUGCAGAAGCUGGUGGCACAGGACGGGCCGCUGACCCUGUCUCGGUGUAGCUCUCUGUCCUCUCUGUCUUCCGCCGGCCACGCCGGCCCCAGCCAGGCCGGGAACCUUGACGACAGCGACUCAUCCCUGGAGGGGCUUGAGGAGGCUGGUCCCGGAGAGGCCGAGCUGGACGGGGCGUGGCGGGCAUCGGGGUCCACCUCUCUGCCCGUGUCCAUCCCAGCGCCCUGCCGGGGGCGCAGCCGGGGCCUCGGGGUGGAGGACGCCACACCAUCCAGCUCGUCGGAGAACUGCGUCCAGGAGACGCCCUUGGUCCUGAGCCGCUGUAGCUCCGUGAGCUCCCUGGGCAGCUUCGAGAGCCGCUCCAUCGCCAGCUCCAUCCCCAGCGACCCGUGCAGCGGGCUGGGCAGUGGCACGGUGAGUCCCAGCGAGCUGCCCGACAGCCCGGGGCAGACGAUGCCACCGAGCCGCAGCAAGACGCCGCCGGCGCCUCCCGGCCAGCCCGAGACCAGCCGGUUCAGCCUGCAGUGGGAGAGCUACGUGAAACGCUUCCUCGACAUCGCCGACUGUCGGGAGAGGUGCCAGCCGCCGUCGGAGCUGGACGCGGGCAGCGUGCGCUUCACGGUGGAGAAGCCGGACGAGAACUUCUCCUGCGCGUCCAGCCUCAGCGCGCUGGCCCUGCACGAGCUGUACGUCCAGCAGGACGUGGAGCUGCGCCUGAGGCCGCCGGCCUGCCCAGAGCGCACAGCGGGUGGCAGCGGGCACCGCCGCAGGGACGAGGCCGGGGGCCGCCUGGACGGCCCGGCGCCCACUGGCUCUCGGGCUCGGUCGGCCGCCGAGAAAGAGCUGGAGGUGCUGCGGGAGUGUCUGGGGGCGGCCGUGCCCGCCAGGCUCCACAAGGUGGCCUCGGCCCUGGUGCCCGGCCGCCGCGCGCUGCCGGUCCCCGUGUACAUGUUGGUGCCCGCCCAGGCUCCGGAGGAGGACGGCGGCACGGACUCCGCCGAGGGCACGCCCGUCAACUUCUCUAGCGCUGCCUCACUCAGCGACGAGACCCUCCAGGGCCCCUCCAGGGACAAGCCAGGCGGGCCCGCAGACAGGCAGAAACCCACAGGCCGAGCCGCCCCCGCCAGGCAGGCCCGCGGGCACCGAGCUAAGGCAGCGGGCGCUGGCAAGAGCGCAGAGCCCGCCCGAGGGGCCGGCAGGAACCGGGCAGGCUUGGAGCUGCCCCUCAGCCGGCCGCAGAGCGCCCCGUCCAGCAGGGAUGGCGCGUGCCAGACCCGGAGCCGCGGGGACGGGGCUCUGCAGUCCCUGUGCCUCACGACACCCACGGAGGAAGCUGUGUACUGCUUCUAUGACUCCGAGGAGGAGCCGCCAGCCGCCGCGCCGCCACCUCGGAGGGCGUCCGCCAUCCCCCGGGCUCUGAAGCGCGAGAAAGCCGCGGGCAGGAAGGAGGCCCCAGCUAGGGCGGCGCAGCCCGCCGCGGCACCCGCGAGGGCCCAGCCCAGGCUGAUCGUGGAUGAGACGCCCCCCUGCUAUUCCCUGACCUCCUCGGCUAGUUCCCUCAGUGAGCCCGAGGCCUCAGAGCAGCCGGCCGGCCACCCUCGGGGAGGCCGGGCGCAGGCAGCCGCCAGGGCCCCCGGCCUGGGCGGCAAACAGGACAGCUCUCCCAGCCCGAGGGCCGAGGAGAAACUGCUGCAGCGGUGUAUCAGCUCGGCCCUGCCCAGGCGCCGCACCCAGGUCCCCGGCUCGAGGCGGCGCAAACCCAGGGCUGCCCGGUCCGACGUGAGGCCCGCCGAGGCACCCCGAAAAUGCCGUGAGGAGGUGCCUGGCUCCGACCCCGCCUCCGACUUAGACAGUGUGGAGUGGCAGGCCAUCCAGGAGGGCGCAAACUCCAUUGUCACGUGGCUGCACCAGGCAGCCGCCAAGACCAGCCUGGAGGCCUCCUCCGAGUCCGAUUCCCUCCUGUCUCUGGUGUCCGGGCUGUCGGCGGGCUCCACCCUGCCGUCGUCCAAUCCCAGGAGAGGGCGGAAGCCUGCCACCGAGGCCGGGAGCGCCUGGCGUCCAGAGAAACGUGGCCCAGCCUCCGCCAAGGUCGGCGGGAGCGCCCGGCUUCCCGGCGGCCCUGAGAAGGCCAGGGGUACCCAGAAAACGGCGGCCGGGGAGCCGGCCAUGCUUCGGGGGCGGACGGUCAUCUACACGGCCAGCCCGGCCUCCCGGGCUCAGGCCAGAGGACUUUCUGGACCUUGUACGGCACCCAAGAAGACGGGGACCUCUGGUGCCGCUCCGCCGGAAACGGCCGCCAAGGCCCCCAGCCCCGCACAGCAGCGUUCGCGGAGCCUCCACCGACCCGGCAAGAUCUCUGAACUGGCGGCCUUGAGCCACCCUCCGCGCAGCGCCACCCCUCCAGCCCGCCUGGCCAAGGCGCCGUCCUCCAGCUCCUCACAGAGCUCGCCCGCGUCCCAGCCCCUGCCCAGGCGCUCCCCGCUGGCCACCCCAACUGGAGGGCCCCUGCCUGGCCCCGGAGGGUCCCCGGCGCCCAAGUCACCGGCCCGGGCCCUUCUGGCUAAGCAACACAAGACCCAGAAGUCACCAGUUCGGAUCCCGUUCAUGCAAAGGCCAGCCAGGCGAGGGCCACCGGCGCUGGCCAUGCCGUCCCCAGAGCCGGGCCCCAGGGGCCGGGCCGGGGCCGAGGGGGCUCCCGGGGCUCGCGGCGGCCGCCUGGGCCUAGUGCGCGUGGCCUCCGCCCGCUCCAGCGGCAGCGAGUCCUCGGACCGCUCGGGCUUCCGGAGGCAGCUGACCUUCAUCAAGGAAUCCCCCGGCCUCCUCCGGCGCCGCAGGUCGGAGCUGUCCUCCGCGGACUCCGCGGCCUCCCCGGCCCCGGCCGCCUCGCCCCGCCGCGGCCGGCCCGCGCUCCCCGCCGUCUUCCUCUGCUCCUCUCGCUGUGAGGAGCUGCGGGCGUCCCCGCGGCGGCCCCCGGCCCCGCAGAGGUCCCCGCAGGCCAAGCCGGGGCUCGCCGCCCCGCGGGCGCCCAGGCGCACCAGCUCCGAGAGCCCCUCGCGCCUGCCCGUGCGCGCGGCCCCGGCGCGGCCCGAGACGGUCAAGCGCUACGCGUCCCUGCCGCACAUCAGCGUGGGGCGCGGGCCGGACGGCGCCGCCUCCGCCCCCGGCGGCCGGCCGGGCGCCCCUCGCCGGGGCAGCGACGGCGAGGCCAGGCCGCUGCCCAGGGUGGCCGCGCCGGGCACCACCUGGCGCCGCAUCAGGGACGAGGACGUCCCGCACAUCCUGCGCAGCACGCUGCCCGCCACGGCCCUGCCGCUCAGGAGCCCGUCGCCCCAGGACGGCCCCGCCGGCGCCCCGCAGCGCAAGACCAGCGACGCGGUGGUGCAGACGGAGGACGUGGCCGCCUCUAAGACCAACUCCAGCACGUCGCCCAGCCUGGAGAGCAGGGACCCCCCGCAGGCCCCGGCCGGCGGCCCCGCUGCUCCGCUGGGCAGCGACGUGGACGGUCCAGCCGUCACCAAGCCGCCUGCCUCCGCGCCCUUCAGCCACGAGGGCCUGAGCGUCGUCGCGGGGGGCUUCCCCACCAGCAGGCACGGCUCCCCCAGCAGGGCGGCCCGGGUCCCCCCUUUCAACUACGUGCCCAGCCCUAUGGCGGUGGCCACGCCGGCCAGUGACUCGGCAGUGGAGAAAGCGCCUGUCACCUCUCCAGCCAGCCUCCAGGAGUAGGGGGCGUAGGCCGUCCUCGUCCUGUGGCCCGUCACCCUGAGGGCCUGCUCGCUGGAUGCUCCUAGUAGGCCCACCUCAGGCCCUCAGAGGCCCUGUUCCGCUCGCAUCUCCGCACCUUAGAGCCAGCCCUUGCUUCCGCGCCUGGGGCUUGAGGGAACUGGCUAUAGACUGGCAGCCGCGGGGCACGCACGGCGCCGUUUCCCGAGCUCGGCCUGGGAAGGGGGUGAACAGCCACGCUCCGAGGGUCACUAGCUGUGGGGCCCAUGCAGGACCUGCCCUGGGCUGCUCCGGGUGGGAGGCUGGACGCUGCCUCUAGGGAGAUGACCGAGCUUGCCUGCCCAAGGUGGGGACAGGCUGGGAGCGGGGGAGAGCAGUGCGCCUCCAUUUGGCCGGGGGACCGCCUCCGCCCUGUAGGGUGGAAGCCUGUGGUUAGUGCCGGGGUAAUUGGCUAACGACUCUGCCAGGCAUGUGUGCUUCCUCAGAGGCGGCUGAGGAGCGCCGGGUGAGGGUUUGCAGCCAUGCUGCUCACAGAGCACUCCUGGCCGCCGAGAGAUCGCCGAGGGUGACCGUAAGGUGAUCCUAGGGUGACUGACCCUAAGUCCCUUCACUGAUGGGAGGGACUCUAACUCUGAUGACUAGCCGGCUGCCGGCUGGAUGGGUCCUGGGCACUGAGGGAGUCAGGGAGAGCAGGCCCAGGCAGCUACCGUCUGUGGGAAGGGGCAGGCCCAUCUGUGGGAGCCUGGUCCUUCCCUGCUGUGUGUGAUGCCAGAUGUCAGGACCUGGGCAGGUCCUCAGGCUUUGAUCAGCCACAGCCUGGAAUCAAAGUGGGGGUUGGAGACAAGGUGGGAAGGCUGGGGCUGGCAUGGAGAGCAGGGGUCAAGGUGGAGAGCGGGAUACAGACCCAAGGUAGCCAGGGCCUCCAUCCCAGGACCCCGGGUAGAGUACUCCUUCCUACAAAGAGAGCCAGCAACCUCUCUCCUGUAGGAUACCGGGCUGCGCUUUGCAAGGGGACCUGUAGCCUGGGCCACCUGAGGGAGUUUUCCCAGGGGACACAGUUCCUUCAGCAGGCCUUGAGACCCUGCUCCGAGAGGUGUUUUUCUCCCUUUUGAGACAGGGUCUCUCUACGUAGCUCUGGCUGUCCUGGACUCGCUUUGUAGCCCAGGCUGGCCUUGAACUCAUAGCAGUCCACCUGCCUCUGCCUCCUGAGUGCUGGGAUGUGCCACCACAGGAGGCUGAGAAGUGGUUUUGAAAACUAGGUGGAAGGCCCUGGAAGGAACCGUGGACACCCGCUGCCCUCUCCUACCAGCGCUUUUUAUGGUGGGGAGUAGACAGACUCGAGCUUGCCACCACGCACGGGCAGGCUGGCUAGGGACGCCACGAGGCGGACCAGCCGGCGCUGUGCCCACCCAUCUCGACUGUCCUUCCAGUGCUUCGAAAUCCCACAUAGUCCAAGGGAUGCCUGUUGCUCUCCUUGUCGCCUCCACUCCGGGGACAGUGUCACAGCAGGGACUCCAGCACUAACUGCUCAUCCAGGACCUCGCCUGCCAGACAGGGCAUGCUGGCCUGUGGGUGACUGGCAGGGAGGGGACAGGAAGGCCUUCCUCACGACCAAUCAAGGUGGCUCUGGGACGCCAACUCAUUCCCACCAUGCACCCAGGGUGACCCUGCGCCAGGGCCAUGGCGGUGGACCCACUUCCGGCUGGGGUUGGGGUUCUGCUCUGCGUCUUUCUAGACCGAGCACCACGCGCUGUGAGACCCUGGGUGGUACGUACGCUGCUCGGUGCCUUGGUUUCCCCAUGUGGGCCAUGGGGAGGACUCAAGAGUGGAGCAGAGAUGUCUGGGGCCACGGCACCAGCAUGCAAGAGCCAUCCUUCUUCUGGCCACCUCCUGUCCCAUCAGCCUCGGGUCCAGCAGCCACGUUUGCCUUCUCCAACCCACACAGUGGGGACAAAGACACAGAGCAACUGUCAGCCCAGGGGAAGAGCUGGCAUGGGACAGCAGCCUCUGGAGUGCCCUUGGAGACUGAACAGGCAGGGGCUGCUGUCCUCCAGGCUGCCAGCGUCCAUUGGAGACUAGCCACUGGGUGCCUGAACAGGGCGACACGCCCACCAGUUACCUCACCGUCUGUCCCGUCUGUCCCACGGCCAGGGUCAUGCCCUAGCUCACACCUGGUUAGCCUGUCCUCUGCUGCCGUCACAUCUC